AUGUUCCGGAACAACUACGACAACGAUGCGGUGACCUUCUCUCCGCAAGGUCGGAUAUUCCAGGUUGAAUAUGCACAAGAAGCAGUCAAGCAGGGAUCUGUGGUGGUGGGACUGGUCAACAAGACACAUGCCGUCCUGGUGGGCUUGAAGCGUAACGCCGAAGAACUUUCCUCAUACCAAAAGAAGAUCAUCGAGAUCGACUCGCACAUGGGAAUUGCAAUUGCUGGUCUUGCAUCCGAUGCCCGGGUUCUCUCGAACUUCAUGAAGCAACAAUCGCUUGGGUCGAAGAUGACCUACGGCCGCCCCAUUCCCUUGGAGCGUAUCGUGACUCAGAUCGGCGAUCGUGCCCAAACCAACACUCAGCAGUACGGUAAGCGGCCGUACGGUGUCGGGUUACUCGUUGCUGGUGUCGAUGAAACUGGUCCGCAUCUUUUCGAAUUCCAGCCAUCCGGUCUAACGCACGAGAUGCUUGCGUGUGCUAUUGGCGCUCGCUCUCAGAUGGCAAGGACAUAUCUCGAGCGGCAUCUGGACGAGUUUUCCGACUGCAGCCGUGACGAACUCAUUAACCAUGGACUAAGAGCUCUUAAAGAGACUCUGUCCCAGGACAAGGAGCUGACGGUGGACAACACAUCUGUUGGUGUUGUUGGCCUGGCUCCCGAGGGUUCCAAGAGCAAAAUUCAGAGCUUCAAACUCUACGAGGGACAGGAGACUCUGCCUUUACUGGAGGCUUUGGAGCGGUCAGAAACAUCCGGCGAGGCUGGAGGGGAGGGAUCGAUGGAGGUUGAUUCAUAG